UGAGAAAACCUCACACUCAGUCAGUUGUCGUGUCCAAGUUCUCUUGAGUGUAAACACGUGGAAAUGGCGAGGCGUAACGGGCGUCAGCGGGGUCAACUGCCCACCUGUUACUAUGAGGGUUACCUGGAGAAGAGGUCGUUCAAAGACAAGACGUCCCGCAAACUGUGGAGCUGCCUGUGUGGGAACAUUCUUUUCUUCUUCAAUGACAAAAGAGACGUCGAUUAUGUAGACAGACUGGAUGUGAGCGAAGUGAUCACCAUCGUGGAUGACGGCAGCCAGGAUCGGAACUUGGAUGCAGCCCGGUUCACCAUCACCACUAAACAGGGAAACGUCAAAUUAACUGCCCCCAAUGCAGAGGCCCGUGAGCUGUGGAAGGGCUACAUCUUCUCUGUGUCUAAGCUGUCGGUGCCCUCCUCCCUCAACCUGCUCCCAGGUCAGUUCCACAUGCUGAAAGAGGCAGUCGAUCUGGAGAAGGAAAGACAAAAAAAAGCUCCUCAACAUGUCAUCACCUCCAGGUCCUUUGACAGUUCUGAUGCAGACUUGCCAUCUUGUUACCACAGCGUGUCCCGGCUGGAGGCAGAACUGCUGCUUGAGAAAGAGAGCAAGAAAGGAAACCUGCUCCUGAGGCCUGGAGGUGCUGGAAACUCCUUCUCCAUCACCACCAGACAGGAGGACCAUGAUGGUGCUAUAUUCAGACACUACCGUGUGUCACGUACACAUGACGGGGGCUUUGCCAUCGCUCUGGAGAACCCUGUCCCAUGUGCCACGCUGCAAGAUGUGGUCAACUACUUGGUAGAGAAAACGGACCGAGUUCUGAUUCCUCUCAUCUUUGAGGAACAGUAUGAGAAAAACAUCAUUUUUAUUCAGUCUAACAACGAGAACGGAGAAAUAAGUGUUCAACAAGCCCUGCCAAACAUCGUUCCACCAAAGGUCGUUCUGCCAAACAUCGUUCCACCAAAGGUCGUUCCACCAAAGGUCGUUCCGCCAAAGGUCGUUCCACCAAACAUCGUUCCACCAAACAUCGUUCCACCAAAGGUCGUUCCAUCAAACAUCGUUCCGUCAAACAUCGUUCCACCAAAGGUCGUCCCACCAAAGGUCCCGCCAAGUUUGCCUCCCAAACCAGUUGGGUUAAAAAUACCAACAACAGAAGAAGCACUGACACCAGUUUCGGAGCCUGUAAACGAGUUUGGACAGACAAACAGAAGCACGGAGGACUCAGCACUUCAACCACUAAGGAAAACUCCAACCAUUAAACCUCCAGUUCCUGCUCCUCGCAAAUCACUUUCUGGAGCUCCGGCUCCUUCCGUCGCCUCCUACACAAACAUAGAGCAGAGAAUGAGGUUGCACACGGAUCCUUUUGAACAGACUAUAUCACAGCUGAAACUUAUGUUUGAACAGAGCGCAAAGUGACGGGAAUGCAUGAACCAUCUGUGACUCUCAGCCUCAGCAACUGACUCAGACCCGUUCAGUCACCUCAGAGACUGAGUCUGCAAGAUGACCAACACACCGAGACGGAGAGGAGCUGGUUUCCUCUCAAACGUCGAUCUCCACCUCUUCACUGGCUUCCUGUCAGCAGAAAGGCUUCUCUGAGGCUUAACACUUUAUCGACUCAGCCUUCUCUGACACUCGUUAGCAUUAAUCACCUGUAAAGAGGGUUGUUCAUGUCCCAUUAUCUUCACCGUGUUUAUUUACCUUCAUCUUUGACAGCGGUGUCUCUUAUUCACUGAUUCUUUUGUAGGUAUCAUUGUAUAUACUGUAUAAUUUAAUAUUUUCUUAUGGAACUAUAAUGUCUGUAUUCUGCCUCAUAGGCAUGUGAUGUAAAUAUAUAUAUAUAUAUAUAUAUACACAUGUACUGUACAUACAAGUUAACAUUGCGAAAUACUUUUCUUUUUAUGAGCCGUGUUUUAAUAUAGGCAAAUUCACAGAAAUGAGCUACAUCCUGGAGGCAAGUGUAGUGAAACUUUUACUUUGCUUCCGUUACAUCAGACGCUUCUGAAGAAGUGACUUUAAGUAUGUGUUAACCAGUCGGUCAGGUUUAUAAUGUACUCUGCUCUCUUGGUUGCAAUGAAAUAUGUUUUUUUCUUUGUUGAAAAUGACGACAGUGAACAAAUUGUUCUCACUCCUUUAUUACCUCAAUGGCGGAUUAUAGUGGAAAGAAAAAUUCAACUUUGUACAAUAAAAUGUGACAUGUGAAAUAAAGCUAAUGUACGUAAUUCUCA